AUGGCAUCCGAGCUUGAAGUAUUGAAACAGCGUAUCAUUGAACUUGAGGCUAAGAAUGCCGAGCUUGGGGCAGAAAAAGCUGAACUUUUAAAGCGGAUUAUGGAGGAGAAUACUAGACGUGAUAUUAUCACCUUCACGAAUCAGAAAUUCCUAUGGAUUUCCGAGGACUUCGACGCAGAGGAUCUUAAAUCGACUAAUAUAUCGCAGUCCGUCACAUUAAUCAGUCCAAAGUCCACAUUUCCAAACCUCGACGAUAGUGGCAACUCUUUAGCCUUUAGCCGGUUCACGCCAAUACCACCACGAUACUUGGAACUAUUAGAUUCUGAGAUUUUUUGCGAGACGGCUCCUUUAGAUUCAACGACUUCAGAAUUAUGGAAAAAGUUUGGAGAGUGGGCAGGUUUCGAGAAGUUCCAUCGAGAUCUUAAAGAUCAUCGCAAUACAUUAUGUGUAGUCUGCCCUCUUGGAACAUUCGAAGGUGGACAUCUAGCAUUUCCCGAGAUAAAGCUGUCGUUUAAGUCUCUUUAUAGCGGGCUAGUGUAUCUGGUACAUAUUCACGAACAGUUCAUAAUAUAUAUUUCUCUCAGAUUUAGAGCCUGCGAGACGAGGGUCACCAGCUAA